GAUUGUACGCCAAACUGGGCAACUGCAUUUGUUAGGCAAAUCAAGCUGUUGCAUCGAUAUAAAAGCUGAGACACUGUUAAUGCAUGGCACAGUGCACAGCCUGCUCUCUCCACUGCCUAAUCCUCUCCAGAUUCGCUCAAUAUGAAGCUUCUACUGCUCUGCUGUCUGCUUCUAGCUGUCACGCUGUGCCGCUCCAGCGUUAUUCCCACCGUGCCAGUGGCUGCUCCUGUGCCUGUGCCUGGAGUGCUGCCUGUGCCAACCAGUCAUCAAUUUGUGACACGCCACUAUAAUGGUCUCUAUGUGCCAACGACGACGACUUCGACUGCUUGGCCAGCUUGGUCAACGUAUCCCACAACAUACUACAAAUAUGGUGGCGGAUAUCCAACUUAUACCUAUCCCUAUAGCUAUUCCUAUGGUUACUAUCCCGGAUACAACUAUGGCUAUGGCUACAAGAGCAGCUGGUAAUGAGGAAUUAUUAAUACUUGUCAAUAUAUGUAUUUGUAUUAUACUCCAGUUUAUUGUGAUAAGCAUGAUUACCUAAACCAAAUAUCAACUUUAAC